AUGGGACACGUCGUCGUCCUCGACGCCACCAGCAACAACAGCGGUAGCGGCGAAGGUGCCGCGGAAGGCGGCGGCGGGGGCGGCAGAGGGAAAGCAGCGGCGCCAGCGCCGGUGCCGCAGCACCUCAAGCAACAGAAGGAAAAGCAGCAGCGGGUGCAGGCGGCGGAGGACAGCGACGCCCCCAUCUUGUACAUCAAGGGCCUCAAGGAAGGCGGCGGGGUGGGGCUUUGGGGAAGCGAAGACGACGACGACGACGACAAAGACAGCGACAACGACUCUCCAGCGAGAGGGGGGGGCAACGCCGCGAUGAUGGCCCGCGCGCUGCGGAACGCAGAGCGAGAGAUUGAAGGCGGCGGAGACUACGAGGAGGGGGUCGAGGAGGAGGGGGAGGGGGUAGGCAACCAGGAAGCGGUUGUGAACCAGAUGCCGGUGUGGGAGAAGGUCCAGGCUGCGCUGGGCCUGGGCGUGUGGAGCUACGUUGGUCUCGGGCUGGCGGUGUUUAUCAUCGUCCUCAACAAUGUCCUGGGGGUCGGGUGGGCGACGAAGAUUAUCAACCCGGAGUACGAGCCGGACAGCGUGCUCGAGGUGCAGCAGCAGGGACGCCAGAUCCAGUACAUGCCGUUGGAUGACGCCAGCAAUCUCCUCUCGGACUGAUGCAACCAUGGGUUGCGUUGCGUUGACGACCUACUGCUGUAGGUCUUGUCAUCGGCGGGCCCGUCAAAGAGAUCAAGCUUGCACAGGAGAACGUAGAAGAAACGUGUUGCGUCCACACAAGAGCAGCGCGUGUAAAGGAAGAGGCGGUAUGUAACGUGCUUGAGAGGUGGAUUGCUGUGUCAAUAGUAGACGGCGGAAGAGGCAGCGAGGGAACCGGCGGGGUGGAUGUUGGUUUGUUGAUGAGAACAGCGGCCGUCCCGAUCAUAAAUCAUUUUAGAGGCUUCGCGGGGGCAGAAGGACAUCGUGAAACUAUCGAAACGCAUGCCCUGCAACCCGCUAGUUUGCAGGUUGCAGCAAGCGGAUAAAAACACUUUCGCAUCAUGCGCGGGUGGAUAGACGGAGUCUUGAAGCGACAGCCUCUACGAGGAUAACCAAGGGGUUGGUUUCGGUCUGUUGUUCCUCAGCAUGCAACAGCCGUAAGUAGUGUGUUUCGCGUUGAGUAAUGAAUCAUGCCCGCGGCCGGGAUGCCCAGCCUUGCCCUGACUACAGUCAAAUCCUCCAACUGCUUCAACUUUGUGUCUU